CUUCCUUUUUUUUUUCUCCCCUUUCAUACAGGCAGCAGUUAUUGCAUUAACUGCUGUAUGGGCACGUUGGUGUAAGACGGAUCUUGGUGGAUGGGAGGCACCACCAUUAACAGCAGAAGAUGGCGCAGGAUUUGUUUCCUCAUUAGCAUUAAGAGCAACAAAAGAGCAGCAUGGUAAAUUCGUUAAGGAAGGGAAUACUAUUGAUCUACGCGAAGAUUAA